UGUAUUUAAAAUUAUGGUCAUUAUUAUAAAUAUGUUAAUUAAUAAUUCGUAUUUUUACUUUUAAUAAGUAUAUUUAACAUUAAAACCUUAAUUUAAAAAUGUUUUACAAAUCUCAUACACUUAAAUUUAGUUCUCAGAAACUAUUAUUUCAAAUAAAAUGCUAUUCUAUUCAAGUGGAGAAUAAUGGUAUUAAUUCUGAAAUUAUAACUUUGAACGGAAAAAAAUAUAAUAGAGAUAAGUACACAAAUGUUACUCCUAAAAUACUCUCAUAUGUUGGGAUUAAUAAUCAUAAUCGUCCUGACCACCCUUUAUGUUUGUUCAAAAAUCGCAUAAUUGAUUACGUUUAUAAUAACUUCAAAGGUAGAUCAGGAAAUCCAAUUUUUUCUAUUUAUGAUAAUAUUAAUCCUGUUGUAUCAAAAUAUGAAAAUUUUGAUUCACUACUAGUUCCUGAACAACAUCCAAGUAGGAAAAGAACUGAUUCUUACUAUUUAAAUGAAAACUAUAUGCUUAGAGCACAUGCUACAGCUCACCAAUCUGAACUUAUUAAAAUGGGUUUAGAUAAUUUUGUUGUAUUUGGAGAUGUUUACAGAAGAGAUGAAAUUGAUUCAACUCAUUUCCCUGUAUUUCACCAAGCUGAUGGUGUGCAUAUAUUUACUCCAAAUGAAUUGGAACAACUUAGUGGGGCUAUAAUUAAUGUUUUUGAUAAAGAUAAGAUUGAAAAUAAUCAAAAACAGGAUGUUUAUUCCAUGGAAGCCAAUGAAAUUGUUGUUAAUCAUUUGAAAAAUACACUUUUGUCUAUGAUUCAUGAAGUUUUUGGUGAAAACAUUCCUUAUAGAUGGGUUUCAGAAUAUUUUCCAUUUACUCACCCUUCCUUCGAGUUAGAAAUUAAUUAUAAAGAUAAGUGGAUUGAGGCAUUAGGAUGUGGUGUUAUUAAAAAUGAAAUCUUAAAAAAAGCUGGAGCUGGAAAUCGAAUUGGAUGGGCAUUUGGACUUGGCCUUGAAAGAUUAGCAAUGCCAUUUUACUCUAUUCCAGAUAUUCGCUUAUUUUGGUCAAAUGAUUCAGGUUUUAUAAGUCAAUUUGAGAAUAAUUCAAAAGAUAAAAGAAUUACCUACAAACCAGUAAGCCUUUAUCCACAAUGUAUAAAUGACAUAAGUUUUUGGUUACCCAAGGAAAAAUCAUAUUGCUCAAAUGAUUUUUAUGAGUUAGUUGGAGAACAAGGUGGAGAUAUAAUCGAGCAAGUGAAAUUAAUAGACCAAUUUCAACAUCCAAAAACAGGGGAUGCGAGUCAUUGUUAUCGAAUUGUAUACCGACAUUUGGAGAAAACAUUAACUCAAGAAGAAGUAAAUCUAGUCCAUAAAAAAAUUGAAAAAUAUGCUGUUAAAGUUCUAGGUGUAAAAAUUAGAUAAAAUUAAAAAUUAUUUGUUUUGUUUGGAGAAAUUAAUUUAUGGAAUAAAUUAUCAUUAUUAUACUGUAAUUGUUGUUAAAUGUUUUAUAUUUAUAAUACAUAUACAUCUAAAAAUGUAAAGUUAUCUGUUCAUUUUCUUAAA